UUGGCGCCCCCUUCCCUUUCAGCCUCGGGCGCGGGGGAGGCUCGGCAGACCUGCUGACUGGGAAGCGGUAUGGCAGCGACGCUGGGCAGCGGGGAGCGCUGGACGGAAGCUUACAUUGAUGCAGUUAGAAGAAACAAAUACCCAGAAGACAGACCUCCUGAAAGUCAUGACCCCUGUGGUUGCUGUAACUGCAGGAAGGCACAAAAGGAAAAGAAGUCUGAGCAUGAGUGGAAUCAGACCCGACAGGGUGAGGGGAGUGCCACUUAUACUGAGGAGCAGCUGCUUGGAGUACAAAGGAUCAAGAAAUGCAGAAAUUACUAUGAAAUUCUGGGGGUUUCACGAAAUGCCAGUGAUGAAGAGCUUAAGAAAGCUUACCGAAAACUCGCCCUGAAAUUUCAUCCUGACAAGAACUGUGCUCCUGGAGCAACAGAUGCUUUCAAAGCAAUAGGAAAUGCCUUUGCAGUCCUGAGCAAUCCUGACAAGAGACUCCGCUAUGAUGAAUAUGGAGAUGAACAGGUGACUUUCACUACCCCUCGAGCCAGACCUUAUAAUUAUUACAGGGACUUUGAAGCCGACAUCACUCCAGAAGAGCUGUUCAACGUCUUCUUUGGAGGACAUUUUCCUACAGGAAACAUUCAUAUGUUUUCAAACGUGACAGAUGACUCCCACUAUUACCACCGGCGGCACCGACACGAGAGGAUGCAGACACGGAAGGAAGAGGAAGAAGAUAAGCCUCAGACUACAUAUUCUGCAUUUAUUCAGUUACUUCCAGUUCUGGUGAUUGUGAUUAUAUCUGUGAUUACUCAGCUGCUAGCUGCUAAUCCCCCAUAUAGUCUAUUCUAUAAAUCGACCUUGGGCUACACCAUUUCUAGAGAAACCCAGAACCUACAGGUGCCUUACUUUGUGGAUAAAAACUUUGACAAGGCCUACAGAGGAGCAUCUCUGCGUGACCUGGAGAAGACGAUAGAAAAGGAUUACAUUGAUUACAUCCAGACAAGUUGUUGGAAGGAGAAACAACAAAAGUCGGAGUUGACCAAUUUGGCAGGAUUAUACAGAGAUGAACGAUUGAAACAGAAGGCAGAGUCGCUGAAACUUGAAAACUGUGAAAAACUUUCCAAACUGAUUGGCCUACGCAGAGGUGGCUGAGAGGAUGGUAGUCCUAUGCAGGCUCGGGGUUUUGCUAUGUGUUACUGUUUAUGUUCCUAAUUCCAUUGUAUAAUACAAAAUUAGGAAAUGAUGAACAUUUUACAAUUUGCUAACUUUGUUUGGUGGGCAGAGUUGGAGGUGCUUCAGCAUGGAGCCAGACUUGUCAUCACAGACUCCUUCCUGGGGAUUGGCUCCGGGGGCCAGGAGCAGGUCAUCUAAAUUGAAUUAAUGGCAAAGCAUUAGAUUCAGCCCCCUGCUCUGCGCCUACCCUGCCUCUAGAAAGGUAGUUCAGGGCACCCCCGAGCAGACUCAUAUUUUCUUUCUUCUUCCCUUCAGUGAAGUCUCAAUAGCCAGUCAUUCCUAGGCUUAGCCAAAGCAGCUUAAUAUUGGUUGUUUACAAUGUGCACUGAGAAUUAUACCUCUCCCUUCAUUAGAGUCAUUGUCUCCCCACCAGAUUCAGCUGUUGGAACAACUCAACUUUCCAUUUUCUAAGGGAAAUGUGGAGAAAUGUAAACUGUUUUAGUCCACAGUUUUCUAUUUGUUACUAGCAUUAGAAAACUGCCUAAUUUGAGUUUUUUUUACUUCCUUAACCCUCUGUCUUGUAGAGAGCCCAGAAAUUAAGUUAUUGAGUGAAACAGUUCAAUGGACAUGGAAGCAGGGGCCAGGGGCGAAGGUAAAAUGCAAGACUAAGUCUCAGCUGCUCAGUGCAGAACCCAGAGAAUGUUCUUUUUGACAUUUCCCCUUGCAGCAUCAUACUUGAGCUGAGUCCCUACACCCCACAGAGGUACAGUGGUCAGACCUAAGAGGAGGCACUGCCAGCCCGCUGGGCUGUUUGCUCAAGCCUAGAGAUAGAGGGGAAAGACCCUCAGUCUGAGGCUAUGGGGAUCUGGCGUUGGCCCCAGCAGUCACUUUGUUUAACCCAGUGCCCUGUAGUUUGUGAUAGGAGAUGCUUUUUCAUGUAGUCAACAUUUGUUGAGUGCCUGGUAUGGAAUGAGAACAUUGGCCCAGAGAGGAUGCAUGGUUGAACUGGGUCACACAACUUGUUGUGACAGAGCUAGAUGGUAGGCCAACUCUCAAGUAGGAAGUGUGUGAUCAUCCCCAUUGCUCAGGUAAUUCUAGCCAUAUUGGUUAAAGCGAAUCUUUCCCAAGGAUGCUCCUCCCCCCACCCUGGGAUCCUGUAUCCUUUCUAUGGCAGUGCUACAUCCACUCAGGACACCUCUCUACACCACUUCUGUAUACAAAACAAAAGCAGGCAGCUUUUCCCACUGGUGACAAGGAGGACGGAAGUUGUUGCCUGGACUGUGUGGUUCUGGGCCUUCCUGUGGAGGUGAGCUACCAGGAUUGAGCUGCCCAGAUUAUAUCAUGAAUCUGAACCUGGAAGGAUCAGUAGGUAAAUGUAGUCUACACUCCAUGUUUUCUUCAGGAUGGAAGAAAAGUUCCUGUUGGAAGGAGAGUCUACAUUAAAACUUGUUUCCAAAGUAGAGUUUCUCCUUUCAGAUGCAUAGCCGUGAUUUAGGCAGAUGUAUCUAGUAUUGUCCCACGUGUGGGCAUCCCACAGGGUCAGGAGAUGAGUCCAGAGGUAAAGAGUGGGACUUUGGUGGCUGGUAGGGGCACCUGCUCAGCUGUAGGGAGGGAGAGCAGCUCCAGAGAUAGUCAGAUUUUGUCACCCAAUGAAGUCUAUCCUCCUGGGUUUUGGGGGGCUUCCUUGAUCCCCUCUGAGUGACUGAAGGGAUUUACAUGGUAAAAUGUGCCUGUGGGCCAAAUGAGCUAUAGAAAGUUGUUUUCCUGUACACACAAAAAUCAAAGCUCCCCUGUCCCCAACCCCAAUCUCUGCUAGAAAAUGGGCCAUAAUUAAACUGACUUGACAAGGUACAAGACUCUGCUCUAGAUGCCCGUGAAUAGUGUAGUCACACCUGGAUUUCAUGGCAGAGAUGAGUUAUCUGUGAUGAUACUAAAUAGAGGCAAUACUAACUCACUUCAUUAAAUGUCAGGUCUGUUGUCUGUUUUUAUAGCACUGAUGGUACUGUUUUAUUUAUUACCUAAUAGACUGCAACACUCACAUCUGGUUUUCCUGAAGGGAAUGGUAUUUGCUUUGGGUUGAAGGAUAGUUUAAUCUAUUUGGUACUGUCCAGAAUAUUGUUAAACUAUAAUUUCCUGGGUUGCAUUUUAGAUGGGUUGUCUGCAUGGUGGUAAAAUAAGCAUUUUCCUCUUGCCUACAUCAUUUGGAAAGUUUUUAUCAUAUAUAAACUCUCUAGGCAUGGCGUAUUCUUGCUCUCAGAACUUGGCAUGCAACUCUAGACUAUUUCUGUGAGCACAAAUGCAGACUGGAGAUGCGUGAUGGGAGUGGGGCUAAGAAAUAGGGCUUGAGGCUCGAGCAGAAAGCGAAGCUCUCGUAAGAAUGGAAGUGCCCUCUGCACUAAAUGAUCAACAGUGAGGAAGGUGGGAUGAAAACCCUUCUCAUCACAAGGGGCACUGCAGUUUAAAGGAAUCCGUGUCCCCAGAUUAGCAACCCUGGGGUUCAUCUGCUCAAACUAGAAGACUUCUGAACUUCCUUGAUCAGCUCCAGGCCUCACAGCUUGGGAGAAGUGACCAGCAAGAAAAUGCCAUUGCUGUUCUUUCUGUUGGAAACUAUUAGAAAUUACGCCGAACUCCAAACCCCACUGGAACGUGGAAUCCAGCAGCCUAGUCAAGCUAUGUGUUACUCUCAUUUACAUCCUCACACUCAGGACUGGCUUUGUGAGGAGGCACUGUUGGGAUUCCAGAGCUUUCUGUUACGAAUAGCCACACACGCGGGUUCAUUGUCUGCAUGCACUGUUCCUCACAGGAGCUAGCGCUUAAUUAGUAUUUAUUUUGGAUUCCUUUAAGGUAUAAGCUUAGUGUCCUAAUGUAUUUAUUUUUGGAAAGGACCAACUUAUUAUACAUCUUAUUUUUUGAGCCUGCAUUGUUGAUAACCUCGUGCAGUGACCACCAAGUAACUAUAUACCUGUGUGUUACGUAUUGAUUACAUCUUUUGCAUCACAUUCAGUAUUUGGAAUUAAAGAUGUGAAUGUUCUGUGACCAGAGCCAGGAUUGACCCAGAUGGAAUCAGCUCCUGGUGGAGUAAGAAUCCUGAAAAAUCUGGUCACCUGAUCCAUUACAUCUGGACUGAGUGUAUUUUAACAGAAAUAAAUUAAAUGGUUUUAUAU